AUGUCGCAGCUACAAGCAAGGUUUUUCACAGAAGACAAACGGUAUCUUGUCGAUGACGUCCCGUUCUCCAUACCAGCAGGAUCUGAGACUCAGGAUCUCAGCAAUGUCAUCAAUAAGUUACUGGAGGCAAAGCAUGCAUCCCACAAGAAGGUGGAUUUUGACUUCUUGGUCAAAGGACAGUUUUUACGAACAUCACUGUCCACACACAUGGAAACGGAGGGCCUUUCUACAGAAGAUGUAGUUGAGAUCGAGUAUGUAGAGAAAAUCACAGCUCCAGAGCCUGAGGAGUGUAUGAUGCAUGACGAUUGGAUCAGCUCUGUUCAAGCGGAUUCAGAAUGGAUUCUGACUGGAUCCUAUGACAAGACAGCCCGAAUUUGGUCUGUAGAGGGCAAGCCUAUACUAACAGUCACGGGACACACAGAUGUGGUUAAAGAUGCAGCCUGGGUCAAAAGAGAGAAUCUGACCUCUUUGCUUCUGACGGCAUCUUUGGACCACACUGUCAUUUUGUGGGAGUGGAACUCUGAAAAGAACAAAGCUGUCGCCAGACACUGUUGUCGGGGGCACACGGCGAGUGUUGAUACGGUUGCUACAGACCCCACCGGCACAAAGUUCUGCAGUGGUUCAUGGGACAAAAUGUUAAAGAUUUGGUCAGCAGUACCAACAGAUGAGGCAGAUGAGGUUGAAGAACCAGCCGACAGACCAAGAAAGAAACAGAAGACGCAACAGUUGGGCCUGACGAGAACUCCUAUUAUGACGCUUGCUGGACACAAUGAAGCAGUAUCGUCUGUCCUCUGGAGUGAUACUGAUGAAGUGUGCACUGCAUCUUGGGACCACACAAUUCGUGUUUGGGAUGUAGAGUCGGGCAUCAUGAAGACUACUCUGGCCGGUACCAAAGUUUUUAACAGUAUUUCUUAUUCACCUUUGUGUCGACGGUUGGCUUCAGGCAGCACUGACCGACACAUAAGACUAUGGGAUCCUCGAACUAAAGACGGAGCACUGGUCCUGCUCAACUUGACCUCCCACACUGGCUGGGUCACUGCUGUGAAGUGGGCACCUUCAAAUGAGCACCAACUGGUAUCUGGCUCUCUUGACAACGUGGUCAAACUGUGGGACACUAGAAGUUGUAAAACACCUCUGUACGACCUGGCAGCCCAUGAGGACAAAGUCUUCUGUGUUGAUUGGACAGAAAGUGGGCUUAUGUUGAGUGGAGGAGCAGAUAACAAGCUGUACUCCUACAAAUACUCUCCCUGUCAGACUGAUGCUGGGGCCUGA